AACGGAAAAAACUUUUUUCAUCGUUUUAUCGACUUUAAAAAUGGCCUUUAUUUUCAAAAAGAUUUAUCUUAUUUCAAAAUGGGGUGAUCCUAUUUUUGCUUUAAGUAUAGGUUGUUUAAGUUAUUUUUUAUAUGAACGAAAUCACCCACGUCCAUCUGGAAAUUCUUUAAUGGUAUUAUUAAAGAAAAGAGUAUAUAGUCAGUUUUCUCAUCAUGAAGAGGAUCUUUCAAAAUUUAUUAAAAAAGAUGUUUAA